UGAUCCUCGCUUAAAGCAUAGCAUAUUACAGAAAGAGAGAGAAAAGAGGAGAGAGGUUACCGGACUUGAAACCUUCCAAUUCGCCGGAAUUUGGGAAUUGCGUCACGUCCGGACCUGGUUUUCUGUUAAUAGAGAGAUUUAAACUCACAGAGUGAAGUGAGAAAGGCUUUCAUUUCCGAUUUCGCCGUGGAAUUGCGUCAAAUUACGACCAGGGUUUUCGAAUUAGGGUUUCGCCGAGGAGGAAAGUCGGUUUCUUUUUCGGUUUUGGGGGAGUUAGGGUUUGCUUUAUGAAGUUGGGAUCUUUGAAUUUGGGGAGUUAGGGUUCUUGAUGUUUACGCCGAAGCGGUGGUCGGAUUGGUCUCUCACGCCGAGAACCGGAACUGGGUCCGGGAGGGAGAUGAAUUCCGGCAAGGCGAAGGUGAACUCCGGCGAGGGGAGAGGGGUUGUGCUGUUUGAGCCCACAACUCCGGCGACGGGUCUGGUAGAGAAUGGUGACCGGGAUGGGAUAACCCGGAAGCUUCUGGAGCUGGAAAACGAGCUUUAUGAGUACCAGUACAAUAUGGGGCUGCUCCUAAUUGAGAAAAAGGAGUGGAGCUCAAGCCAGGAAGAACUUGCGCAGUCAUUGGCAGAAGCAAGAGAUGCCCUGAAAAGAGAACAAGCAUCCCAUCUGAUUGCAAUUUCCGAAGUUGAAAAGCGAGAGGAGAAUUUGAGGAAGGCAUUGGGGGUUGAGAAGCAGUGUGUGGUUGAUCUAGAGAAGGCUUUGCAUGAGACUCGUUCAGAGAUUGCAGAAAUAAAGUUUAUUGCUGAUUCGAAGUUAGCCGAGGCAAAUGCUUUGGUUGCCAGUAUAGAAGAAAAAUCACUGGAGUUAGAGGCAAAGUUGCGUACAGCUGAUGCCAAGCUAGCUGAGGUCAGCCGGAAAAGUUCGGAGAUAGAGAGCAAAUUUAAGGAAUUGGAGGCUGGAGAAAGUGCACUUCGAAGGGAUAGAUCCUCUUUCAGUUCAGAACAGGAAGCAAGGGAGACUUCUUUGGCCAAGUGGAGGGAGGACUUACUAGAAUGGGAAAGGAAAUUACAAGAGGGAGAAGAGAGGCUAGCCAGAGGUCAAAGAAACAUCAACCAAAGAGAGGAGAGGGCAAAUGAGCAUGAUAAGUCUUUGAAGAAUAAAGAGAAGGAUCUGGAAAACGCAGAGAAGAAAAUAGAUGCAACUAAAGAAACACUGAAAAGGCAAGAAGAUGAUCUGACAAGCAGGCUAGCAAGUCUAGCUUUAAAAGAGAAGGAAUACAAUGCUAUGAGAAUGAACUUAGAAGUGAAGGAGAAGGAGUUACUGGCUUUGGAAGAAAAGCUAGAUGCUCGAGAAAGAGUUGAGAUCCAAAAGGCUAUUGAUGAACAUAAUGCCAUUCUGCAUGCAAAACAAGGCGAUUUUGAGUUGGAAAUUGAUCAAAAGAGAAAAUCGUUGGAUGAGGAAUUGAGAAACAGGUUGGUUGUUGUGGAGAAGAAGGAAUCCGAAGUCAAUCAUAUGGAGGAGAAAGUCACUAAACGGGAGCAGGCAUUGGAAAAGAGAGGGGAGAAGUUCAGGGAGAAAGAGAAGGACUAUGAAUCUAAAAUGAAGGCCUUGAAGGAAAAAGAGAAGUCUAUUAAAUUGGAGGAGAAGAACUUUGAAGCAGAGAAGAAACAGUUGCUUGCUGAUAAAGAGGAUUUGGCUAGGCUUUUGGCUGAAUUGGAGCAGAUAAAGGCUGAUAAUGAAGAUAAGCUACGGAAGAUCAGUGAGGAGAGUGAUCGAUUGAAAGUAACUGAAGAAGAGAGGUCACAGUGCCAGCGGUUGCAGUCAGAAUUGAAACAGGAAAUUGACAAGUACAUGCAACAGAAAGAACUGCUUCUAAAGGAAGCUGAAGAUUUGAAGCAGCAAAAAGAGCUUUUUGAGAAAGAGUGGGAAGAGCUGGAUGACAAAAGAGCUGAGAUUGAGAAAGAGCUGAAGAGUGUGAGAGAACAGAAAGAAGAAGUAGAAAAGCUCAGCCAACUUGAAGGAGAGAGGUUGAAAAAUGAAAGGGCAGCGGCACAGGAUUGCAUACAAAGGGAGCGAGAAGAUCUUGCCUUGGCCCAGGAAUCAUUUGCGGCCCAUAUGGAGCAUGAGAAGGCAGCGUUAGCUGAAAAAGUUCAAAGUGAGAAAAGUGAAAUGGUUCAUGAAUUUGAAGCUCUGAAAAGAGAACUUGAAACUGAUAUGCGGAAGCGGCUGGAGGAGUUGGAGAAACCCUUGCGUGAAAGGGAGAAUGCUUUUGCAGAAGAAAGAGAGAGAGAACUAGACAAUGUUAAUUACUUGAGAGAUGUUGCUAGAAGAGAAAUGGAGGACAUCAAGGCUGAAAGAACUAAAAUUGGAAAAGAGAGGCAAGAAGCUGAUGAAAAUAAGGAGCAUCUUGAAAGGCAGCGAGUUGAAAUUAGAAAAGACAUCAAUGGACUUCUUGAUCUUAGCGGAAAACUGAAAGAUCAGCGAGAAAAUUUUAUCAAGGAAAGAGAACAGUUUAUUUCAUAUGUUGAAAAGCUCAAGGGUUGCACAAACUGUGGUGACAUGAUCUCUGAGUUUGUGCUUUCUAAUCUACAACCUUCAGCUGAAACUGAAGGGGCAGAGGUCCUUGCCUUGCCAAGAUUGAGUGAUGAUUAUGUGAAGGUAAGCCACAAUGAAAGCCUGGCUGCGGCUGAGAGGAACAAUAAUGAGAAGUCUCCUGCUGAUUCAAAAUCUCCAGGUGGUAUGUCUUGGCUUCGCAAGUGCACCUCAAAGAUUCUUAUUUUCUCUCCUGGGAAAAAGACCGAGUCUGGUGCUCUACACAAGGAAACCCCAUUUUCACUUGAGGAAAAUAGAGAGCUAUCCAAUAGGCUACAUGCUGAGAAUGAGGCAGAGGUUUCUUUUGGAGUGGCAAGUGGUUCUUUAGAUGUCCAGAUAAUUCAAUCUGACAGCAGCACUAGAGAAGCACCCAAUGUGUUGGAAGAUUCUCAGGUAACUAAUUUGAAGGGUGGUAGUCCAAAGCCACGGAGGAGAGGCCGGCCCGCAGUUCACAGAGCACGCUCUGUGAAAGCAGUUGUCAAAGAUGCUAAGGCUAUACUUGGAGAGGCUUUUGAAACAAACGACAAUCGGCAUCAGAAUGGGACCGCUGAGGAUUCUGCCAAUAUGCAUACUGAAAGCCAUGACGAUUCUAGUCUUGCUGGUAAAAGACCAGCAAGAAAUGGACGGAAGCGUGGUCGUGCUCAGACAUCUCAAGUUUCUGUGAGUGAGCAUGGUGGGAAUGAUAGUGAAGAACAGUCUGAAAGUGUCAUGACCGGCCAGCGGAAGAAAAGGCGAGAAAAAGCUCCUCUAGCUGAGCAACCUCCAAAUGAAAGACGGUACAAUCUCCGGAGAUCCAAAGCUGGUGGUAAAGUUGCUGCUGCAAAAGUCUCGGACGACCUUGUUAAAAAAAAUGAAGAGGUUGAUCGUGCCAGAAAUACGGAGGCAGAGAUUCUAUACGCCAAAGCUGCUCCUGCUACUUUAACAGGAUUUGCUGGUGAAAAUGGUGGAAGCACACACUUUGUGCGGUGCGGGACUCUUGCAGACACUCAAGAUGGUGGUGCAGAUGGAGUAGAAAAUUCCACUGAGAAUAUGGCAGUGAGUGAAGCAAAUGGUUCCACAGAAGGGGGCAAGGAGUUUUAUGUUGAUGGAGAGGAGUAUGGGAGUGAAUCCCGUGGAGAGGAUGCAAAUCUCAUUGAAGAUGAGGAUGAUGAGUCUGAACAGCCUGGUGAGGCCUCCAUAGGGAAGAAGUUUUGGACCUUUCUCACAACAUAAGAAACGAAUCGCAUAUUGGCUUUGCAGUUUGGAUGGAAGUCUUGUGGAUUAACAAUUUCAAUGUAGUUUUUUUUCCUUUUGUUGUGGAAUUUCAGUGUAGUUAGAACCAUUUUAGUAUAUUUUGAGGCAGAGGGAUAGGGUUUUUGGCUACCCUCUUUCUUUUAGUUUUAGGAUUCAAAGGGAUAUGUGGCUGCUUCUCACAGUAGGUAGCAGUAGCCAGUGCAUAUUAACGCUGGAGUCAGCUCUGCCCUUCCACAUUGUUUGUAUCAUAGUUUGCAUGUCUGUUCAGUUAUGGAAUGAUUGUUUGAACUCCGAUGAUUUCUAC